AGCCGCUCACCCCGAGAAGCAGAGAGGGAAGUCCUGCAGGGAUUUUCUGGCAGAGGACGCCCGGCAAAGCCUCUUCAGUCCCGUCCCGUAUCCUACCGAACCCAUCGGCAUGUCCGCCACGCCCGAAGCGCCGGUCGACCCCACCACAAUGGGUGUUGGGAAGGCCAUCGCGGUGCUGACGUCCGGAGGCGACGCUCAAGGCAUGAAUGCGGCAGUGAGGGCCACGGUCAGAGUGGGCCUCUACACCGGAGCCAAGGUCUACUUCGUUCACGAGGGGUACCAGGGUCUGGUUGAUGGGGGGGAUAACAUUCGUCCUGCUACCUGGGAGAGCGUGUCCAUGAUGCUUCAGCUGGGGGGCACUGUGAUUGGCAGCGCCCGUUGUAAGGAUUUCCGAACCAGGGAAGGGCGCACGCAGGCCGCCUUCAAUCUGGUCAAGCUUGGCAUCACCAACCUCUGCGUGAUUGGUGGCGAUGGCAGCUUGACCGGUGCCAACCAGUUCCGUACCGAGUGGAGCGAGCUGUUAGAGGACCUGCUGGAGGAAGAAAAGAUCACGGAGGAGGAGGCCCAAAGCUCCUCACACCUCAACAUCGUGGGCAUGGUAGGGUCCAUCGACAACGACUUCUGCGGCACGGACAUGACCAUCGGCACAGACUCCGCCCUCCACCGCAUCAUGGAGGUGGUGGACUCCAUCACCACCACGGCGCAGAGCCAUCAAAGGACCUUCAUCCUGGAGGUGAUGGGAAGACACUGUGGGUAUCUGGCCCUGGUCACAGCUCUGGCCUGUGGGGCUGACUGGGUGUUUAUCCCUGAGAUGCCCCCAGAGGAAGACUGGGAGGAGCACCUGUGCAGGAGACUCAUUGAGACCAGAGGCAGGGGAUCUCGUCUGAAUGUCAUCAUCGUGGCUGAGGGGGCCAUGGACUCGCAAGGAAAACCCAUCACGUCCGAGGACAUCAGACAGCUGGUAUCAACAAAACUGGGGUACGACACGCGCGCGACUGUCCUGGGACACGUCCAGAGAGGUGGAACCCCCUCUGCUUUCGACAGAAUCCUGGGCAGCAGGAUGGGCGUAGAGGCCGUUAUGGCUCUGUUAGAGGCCACCCCGGAGACCCCCGCCUGUGUGGUCAGUCUGUCAGGAAACCAGGCUGUCAGGCUGCCCCUCAUGGAGUGCGUUCAAGUGACAAAAGACGUGACCACUGCCAUGGCAGAGGGAAGAUUUGAUGAUGCCAUCAAACUGAGGGGAAAGAGCUUCGAGAAUAACUGGAACACUUAUAAACUGCUGGCUCAUGUGCGCCCUCCAGAUGUCAAGAGCAACAUCAACGUGGCAAUCCUGAACGUGGGGGCUCCCUGCUCGGGGAUGAACGCCGCCGUGCGCUCGGCCGUCAGGAUCGGCAUCAUCCAGGGCCACAACAUGCUGGCCGUGCACGACGGCUUCGAGGGGCUGGCGCAGGGCCUGAUUGAGCCCAUAACCUGGGCUGGGGUCGGGGGCUGGACAGGAAAGGGUGGAUCCAUGCUGGGCACCAAGAGGGUUCUGCCAGGCAAGUUGCUGGAGGACAUCAGUCUGAGCAUUGCCAAGUUCAACAUCCACGCUCUGGUCAUUAUCGGCGGUUUCGAGGCAUUUGUUGGUGGGUUGGAGCUGGUAGCCGCCAGACAGAAGUAUGAAGAGCUCUGUAUCCCCCUGGUGGUCAUUCCUGCCACAGUCUCCAACAACGUCCCAGGAUCUGACUUCAGUAUUGGAGCUGACACUGCCCUGAACACCAUCACCUCGACGUGCGACAGGAUCAAGCAGUCGGCCGCCGGGACCAAGCGCCGCGUGUUCAUCAUCGAGACGAUGGGCGGGUACUGCGGGUACCUGGCCACCAUGGCGGGCCUGUCGGCGGGCGCGGAUGCUGCCUACAUCUAUGAGGAUCACUUCAGCAUUCACGACCUGGAGGUCAACGUCGGGCACCUGGUGGAGAAGAUGAAGACCACUGUGAAGCGGGGCCUGAUCCUCAGGAAUGAGAACUGCAGCGCCAACUACACCACCGACUUCAUCUUCAACCUGUACUCUGAGGAGGGGAAGGGCAUUUUCGACUGCCGGAAGAACGUCCUGGGGCACAUGCAGCAGGGUGGGACCCCCACCCCCUUCGACAGGAACUUUGGCACCAAGAUGGGAGCCAAGUCUGUGCUGUGGCUGACCGAGAAGCUGAAGGAAUGCUACAGACAUGGUCGCAUCUUCGCCAACAACCCAGACUCUGCCUGUCUGCUGGGAAUGAAGAAGAGGUCGCUGGUCUUCACGCCCCUGGCUGAGCUGAAGGAGCAGACUGACUUUGAGCAUCGCAUCCCAAAGACACAGUGGUGGUUGAGUCUGCGGCCACUCCUCAAAGUCCUGGCCAAGUACAAGGUGAAGAUAGACACUUCAGAGCACGCCCACUUGGAGCACGUCAUCUGCAAGACUGCUGUCGUCCCCAAAACUCCAUAACGAGGUGGGCAGCGGCCGGGUGGGGGGACGGAGAAGGAGGUGGAGAAGACCCGCUUUGCUUUCGCUACGUGCAUCUGUUUUUCACCUGUCUUUUCUCCAUCUCUUCACUCUCUCGCUCUUCUUAUCUGUCCACUGUUUUGUUUCUCUCACUCUCUCUCUGGUUUCUGAACUCUCACCUCUCCUCUCUUUGUGCUCUCUCUCAGUAGCUUCCUCUGCAUGCACCAGAUCCUUUUGUUCCUGUGUCCUGUGUAUCACAGAAAUGCAAUAAAGGUACUUCAACAAGUGUUACCUGCCCCAAA